AUGGUGCUCAAUGUCCGAGAUGAGGAUGCCUAUAUUGGCACCCGCGAUAAUGAAGUCGGCCUUGGGCUACGCGUGGAUAGCGGAUAUGGCCAAUCACUUCAACUCCGCAGGCCAAUGAGACGAGAGCGGUUCGAGAAGCGGGCAGCGAAGGGUCGAGCGAAGCCUGCUGUUGCUCCCAAGAAAGUUGCCACUCCUAAAAAGGCUGCUACUCCAAAACAAGAUGUUACUCCAAAGAAGGCCGCUGCUCCAAAGAAGGCCGCUGCUCCAAAGAAGGCCACUGCUCCAAAGAAGGCCGCUGCUCCUAAGAAAGCCUCUGGAGCCAAGAAGGUUACUGCUCCUAAGAAAGCUGCUGCUACUGGGAAGGCCGCCACUCCUAAGAAAGCCUCUGGAGCUAAGAAGGCAGUCACUGCUAAGAAAGCUGCCAAUCCAAAGAAAGCUACUGGUCUCAAGAAGCCUACCGGUUCCAAGAAGGCGGCAGGUCAUAAGGCUGCUUCUCCUAAGAAGUUCGCGGUAAAGACUCAAGCCAAGAAAGUCGGCCAAAAGAAGGCUGCCGGCCAAAAGAAGGCUGCCGGCCAAAAGAAGGCUGCCGGCCAAAAGAAGGCUGCCGGUACCCCUAAGAAGACAGUAGCUUCUAAGAAGGGUACAGGUCGAGAGAAAGCUGCAGCAAAGAAGGCUUCAACUAAGACUGGCACUAAGAAGUCCAAUGCCAAGAAGACUCCGGCCAGGAAGGUCGACACCAAGAAGUCUGCUGCGAAGGGUCUUGGUAAAAAGAAUUCUGGAAACAAGCAUUCCGGAAAGAAGGUGCCUGGAAAGAAGGGUUCUGGAAAGAAGUUGCCUGGAAAGAAGGGUUCCGAAAAGAAGACGCAUGGAAAGAAGCAUCCAGGAAAGAAAUUGCGUGGAAAGAAAAGUUCCAUCAAAGCCAAUGGUGCCAAGAAUCCUUCUACAAAACAGACUCCUGCUGGGAUUGCUCCCAAGUCGGUCGUUUCCACCAAACCUAACCCGGCCACUCAGCACUGCAAGCGAGCCCCGGGUGAGAAGGAUGGGGGGAGCUGCAAAACGCCUGAUUCUGGGUUCUUUCAAAAGACCAAGAAGGGCAUUGAGAAGCUCAUGGGAAAGGACACAAGCAAAAUAGACAAAGCCACGAUUGGACGCCCAAUGCUAGUCCAGCAAGACACCACCCCUGUGGCGCAAACAGGGCAGCAGAGUGGGCAGCAGAGCGGAGAACAAAGUCUAGAGAGCAAGAAAAGAGUAGUAGACAAGUCCGAAAUUGGCAAUCCACAACCUAAAGAGGGCCUGUCCUCAGCGCCCUUUAUGCAGAUAUACAACAAACCCCAUGGGGGGCAGACAGGCGAACGGAGUGGCCAGCAGAGGCAGUCGCACGGAUCAUCAGGUCAAGAGACAAGCGGAUCCAUACCCCUUAUGAUCGAAGGCUCGUCUUCAGGACAGCCGGGUGAGCAGAGGGAGUCACAGAAAUCGACGAGCCAGGAGACAAGCGGCUCGAUACCAAUCAUGAAGGCAGACUCACCUGUAUAA